AUGCUAUGGAAGGAAGCACUUCUUGAUGCGCAGAAGGUCACCGAACUCAACCCUUCGUCUUAUCUCGGAUACAGUUUGAAGCACGCAGCGCUUCAUGGUGCACAACGCUACGAUGAAGCGGUACAGGCAUACCAAGAUAUGCUCUCAAAAUUGAAUGCUCCUGAUAAUGAGACACAAAUCAUCGAUGCUCAACUUGACAAUGCUCCUUUGCGUGUACUCGACACCACCACUGGUCUCUUAUGUGAUCGAGAGAUGCAGAUAUGCACCUUCAAAACGAGCACAGAGUACAAGGAACUUGUAUCGUCAACAAUCAUGCAUCGAGAUAUCCAAAUGAAGCGCAUCGAAGAAGUGGCGAUGUCAUAUUUCCGAUAUGUCAUGCUAUCACACAGGUGGGAAGACGGGGAGCCGCUGCUGCAGGAUAUCCAGGGCAAAGUCAUCUAUGAGUUGGAUCCAGUUGGCGACAUUAAGAAGUUGCAGUCCUUUUGCAAAACUACUCGUGAUUUGGGGUAUCACUGGGCAUGGAGCGAUACAUGUUGUAUUGACAAGAACAUCGAUGUUAAGCUCCAAGCAUCGUUGAAGUCCAUGUUUGCCUGUCGUAUACUUCUACCUUCGUCAAAACCUGGCGCACUGGCAAGGAGUGCUUGGAACACCCGCGGAUGGACAGUUCAAGAAUUCCUCGUUUCCAAAGUCAUUAUCUUCUAUCAAAAGGAUUGGACUCUUUAUCUCGAUGAUCGCACUCCCAACCACAAGGAUUCCGUCGCGAUCAUGCAGGAGUUGGAGGAUGUGACGGGGAUAGAUCGACGAGCCGUCGUGGCCUUCCGUCCCGGGAUGAGAGACGCCCGAGAGAAACUUCAGUGGGCGUCGACAUGUAUCACCACGCUGCAAGAAGACAUCGCAUACUCGUUAUUCGGCGUCUUUGGCAUCCGCCUGCAUGUUGAUUAUACCGAGAAGAAGCAGAACGCGCUCGGGCGACUCCUGCAGGAAAUCAUAGCUCAGUCGGGCGAUAUUACUGCCCUGGACUGGGUUGGAAAGUCAUCGGAGUUCAAUAGCUGUCUACCAGCCGACAUCACUUUAUACGAAGCUCCACCACGCAAGCUGUCAUCUCCAUCCGAAGAAGAGAUUCAGUCAUCGGUCUCUUCGCUGCGAGACGAUACGCAGAGCGUGGACAAUUGGUCCGUACCCGAAUCUCCGUUGUGCAAUUCACCCGUUGCACAAACUGGGUCGAUUUAUUCGGAUUUGGACUCGCGAGCAUUGCGGUUGAUUGUUUGCCUUGGACAGCCGUUUAGUGCAUUUUUACUAGCGCGACAGCGCAACGGAGAAUUCAAGAGGAUCGCAUCCGAACAUGAUAUCAUUGCACGGGUCAAAGACAUGGCUUCCAUUAGCUACUUGAUGGACAUGAGGACACUAGAGGUACUGUAGCUGUAUGCAUGGAUCCUUUCCACAAUCUCACACGUGUUCCGGGAGAGUGUUUAUCAUCACGCUACAUCUCAAGAUUGAUACCCCGAGUGAACUAGUCCUUCAAAUCCAGCUGCAAUUACGACUGAUGAGAUCGAGCAUGGUACGAAUGACAAGUAUGAAUUUACACUCUGAUCGUCGAAUGUGUUUUUGUGAUGCACCGCAUUUGUGCCGCC